GCGCGGCGGGCGUAGCUGCCUCGAUGCGUUCGACUGGCGGCAAGUCGGGCUGCCCGAGUCGUUGCUUGGCAGCACAGCGCCGGCUCCCCGUGAAUGCUAGUAUGUCUCGCAAUGUUAGCAUUAUAUGCUCUCCAGCGCAGCAGCGCUUCUCCCUGAUUUUUCCACGCUCAGCGCCCCGUUGUGCACCGCAUCGCAGGCAGAGGACUCAAUCCUCUCGCUCUAUCGCUCGGGCACGCUUGGAACGAAGUUAAAUCGUCGCCACGCGAGCAAUCACCACAACAGCGCAGCGCACUGAGUUGGUUCGAACGCCGCGAGGGUCGAACUCCGUGCUGCCGCAGUCUCGCAGGGGUUACUUUACUCCGUCGCGGACGCACCUAUACCAACGCGCCACCAUCCUCGCGCUGCUCGCGGUCCGAGCCGCUGCCUGGCGCCCAACACCUGUCAGGACACAGAUAAGAAUGGUCGAAGGCCACUCCGUCCACCGCGUGGCGGCGCGCCACCGCCAAAAACUCGUCGGCAAAAAGUUCGCGUGCACGUCCCCGAACGGCCGGUUCACAGAAGGAGCUGCCGCCAUCAGCAACAAGCCCUUCCGCGCGAUCGAGGCCGUCGGCAAGAACCUCUUCGCAUGGUUCGGCAGCGGCGGCGCCGACGACGUCUGCGUGCACGUCCACUUUGGCAUGGCGGGCAACUGGGCGGUCUUCGAGAGCGACGCCAACGGCAACGUGCACGAGCCGGCGACGACGGCGACGACAAGACUCAGGAUGGAAGGCGGCGGCGUCGUUUCCCACCUAAGUGCGAUGACCGUGAAGCACGGCUCGCGCGCGGGGCUCUACGAGCCGAAGCGCGCGACGCUCGGCGAAGAUCCGCUGCGCGAGGACGCCGACGUGCGCCUCCGAGUCAGAAGAGUCAAGUUCCUUUGUUUCGCCCGCGCGUGUGCCCCCGACGACGUCUCACACAGGUGGAGCGGCUCUGGCGCAAGGUCUCGAAGUCCAAGAAAAGCAUCGGCGCCCUCAUCAUGGACCAGUCGUGCUUCUGUGGCCCGGGCAACAUCUAUCGCGCGGAGAUUCUGUUCAAAGCUCGUAUCCACCCCGACCAGCUGGGCAAGGACCUCUCGCGCGCCGAGUUCGACAAGGUGUGGCGCCACAGCGUGGAGCUGUUGCAGCGCGGCUUUCGGGAGGGCUCCAUCCUCACGGUUGAUCCUGCGGAUGACGCGCGGUACGGCCCCGACCUCCGCCGCUACGUCUACAACAAGUCCCGUUGCCCCAUUUGUCGCGGUCCCGUGAUGUCGUGGGACAUCCAGACGCGGACGGCCUACGCUUGCCUCGCCUGCCAGCCGCUGCGCACGGUCCAGGAGGCGCCACCGUCGCCGAAGAAGUCUAAGAAGCGCCCCGCCGCGUCGACGCCCACCAAGGCCAAGAAGGCGAAGCCGACGCCGGUCAAGCGCUUCCGCUCGCACUGUGUGGAGGACGCCGCCAGCGACAUGUCCCCCGAGAUGCUGACGGUCAAGGAGCUCAAGGCGAAGCUCAAGGCGCACGGAGCGCCCACGGACGGGCUCAAGUCGGUGCUCGUGGCGCGGCUGACGGCCCUGGUGGAGCCGACGAUGCGCUCGGCCGAGGACGCGGCGGCCGACCGCGCGCGGGCGGGCGAGUCUCGCGCGGUCGAGCACGUCGCCGACCUCCACCCGACGCAAGCCGUGCGCGCGGCGCGGAAGGCGCGCGCGCGCAAGUGAUGUGGGCCGCGCGCUGGUCAUAACCUGGAGGUAUUCAUGCAUAAAAAUUCUUGCGAAA